CGGAUACGUACGCGAGGCGAUACGCCGAGGGUGAAAUGAAUCCGUCGGAAUCGCAACAGGAUCUACUCGCGAACGAGGCGAGUGCGCCGUCGGUGCAAUCGUUACAGGCGCCUAUUGACUAUAUUCUUGGCCCGGUCGAGAAGCAUUUCCUGCUCAGCGCGGAACGAGGCGAUUGUGCGACUGUCAAAAGAUUGAUCGAGGAAAACGAAGGGCACGCGGAGAUACUGAACAUCAACUGCGUUGAUCCGCUGAACCGAUCAGCGCUCACCGCCGCGAUCGAGAACGAAAACGUCGAACUGAUCAGACUGCUGCUGGAAUUGGGAAUCGAAGUGAAGGAUGCACUUCUGCACGCCAUUAAGGAGGAGUACGUGGAGGCGGUGGAGAUCUUGCUGGAGUGGGAGGAAAAGAUACACAAGCCUGGCCAGCCCUACAGCUGGGAAGCCGUGGAUUCAUCGUCCAAUUUUACACCCGACAUAACUCCAUUGAUCUUGGCGGCUCAUAAAAACAAUUACGAGAUACUGAAAUUGCUUUUGGAUCGCGGCGCGACUUUACCGACGCCUCACAAUGCCAGAUGCGGCUGCGACGAAUGCGUCACUUCCAGCGAACAGGACUCCCUCCGGCACUCGCAAUCUCGAAUAAACGCGUAUCGUGCACUCACCUCGUCAUCUCUAAUCGCGCUUUCAUCGAGAGACCCACUUCUGACGGCCUUCGAGCUUUCGUGGGAACUGCGUCGCCUCAGCAGGAUGGAACAAGAAUUUCGCGCCCAAUAUAACGAGAUGCGGCAACAGACGCAGCAAUUUUCGACCUCUUUGCUGGACCACGCACGCACGUCUUACGAAUUGGAAAUAAUGUUAAACUACAAUCCCACCGGGGAGAAUUGGGAUCCUGGGGAGAGACAGACCUUGGACCGACUCAAACUGGCUAUUAAAUAUAAGCAGAAGCAAUUCGUCUCUCAUCCGAACGUGCAGCAAUUAUUAGCCGCUAUUUGGUACGACGGUCUUCCGGGAUUCCGAAGGAAAAGCAUGAUGGCGCAACUGCUGGAAGUCGGCAAGCUCGGGGCGAUGUUCCCGGUCUACAGCACGAUGUACAUGAUGGCACCCACUUCGCAGAUGGGGCUGUUCAUGAAGAAGCCGUUCGUGAAAUUCAUAUGUCACUCCGCGUCAUACGCCUUCUUCCUAAUGCUUCUUGGCAUGGCGUCGCAAAGAGUCGAAUACCUGUUGAUUGAAUUAUUCGGCAACGAGUGGAUGCGGGAGAUUCUCGCCGGUUGGAAGAAACGAGAACGUGGUGGCGUGCCAGGCUUCGUCGAGACCGGCGUGGUCAUCUAUGUGAUAAGUUUAAUCAUCGGCGAGAUUAAAUCUUUAUGGGCAGACGGAUUAAUUGAAUAUAUAUCGGAUCUGUGGAAUAUCGUAGACUUCAUUCAAAAUACUUUUUACGUAAUCUGGAUAAGUAUGAGAAUCACGGCCUGGUGGAUAGUGCAGAGAGAAUACUGGGAUGGCUUAGAUCCUUGGUAUCCGCGGGAUCAGUGGCAUGCGUUUGAUCCAAUGUUACUUUCGGAAGGAGCUUUUGCAGCUGGGAUGAUCUUCAGCUUUUUAAAACUCGUCCAUAUAUUCAGCGUGAAUCCUCAUCUCGGCCCACUCCAGAUUUCCCUUGGGAGGAUGAUAAUAGACAUAAUCAAGUUCUUUUUCAUCUAUACCCUCGUGCUGUUUGCUUUCGGUUGCGGUAUGAAUCAACUGAUGUGGUAUUACGCGGAUUUGGAGAAGAUGAAGUGUUAUCAUACGUCCGACGAUCUGCCGGACUUCGAUAAUCAGGAGAAAGCUUGCUCGAUAUGGAGGAGAUUCGCCAAUUUGUUCGAGACGUCGCAGUCUCUCUUCUGGGCUAGUUUCGGAAUGAUCGAUCUAAUGUCCUUCGAUCUGACGGGUAUCAAGAGCUUCACGCGAUUCUGGGCACUACUCAUGUUCGGUUCCUACUCUGUGAUAAAUGUCAUUGUGCUGCUCAACAUGCUGAUUGCUAUGAUGUCUAAUUCUUAUCAAAUUAUUUCGGAACGAUCUGACACAGAAUGGAAAUUCGCCAGGAGCCAUUUGUGGAUGAGCUACUUUGAAGACGGCGACACCGUACCGCCGCCGUUCAACAUGAUACCAACCAGCAAAACUUUCCAAAAACUGUUAAAAUGUGGAAGCGCCGGUCGCUCCACAACAUCUUUCAUUAAAAAGUCUCGAGAGAAGGCAAUGGCCAGACACGACACUGUUGUGCGUCUACUUAUACGUCGCUACGUGACAGCUGAGCAACAAAAGCGGGACGACUACGCCAUCACCGAGGACGAUGUCCGAGAAAUCCGUCAGGAUAUUUCAACCUUCCGGUACGAUCUCAUCGACAUUCUCAAGAAGAACGGAAUGCACACACCGGCGCUCGACAAAGAGGACACGAACAUACCGGGCAAGAAGGGCAGAGUGAUGGAGCGUCGUCUGCAAAAGGACUUCCAGAUCGGCAUAGUGGAAGGUAUCGUACACGCGGUCAUCCAGAGCGAGAAGGAGCCGAAGGAUGUCUUCAGUCAGAUUGCACGUGCCAUCGGACGUAAAGGAAGUGGCACAGGCAGGAAGGACUGGAACGCUGUGGUGAGGCAGAGCACUGUCACGAUGGAUCCGAUCGGUAGCACGAACGAGGCGGUGCAACGUCAGUCCCGGCGCAGUUUGCGACGUCAACUACGACACCAGCCGGACUCCGACCUGGCGUCCAUGGACCCGAAUCGGCUGGUGGAUUACAAUCCGAAUCUUUCGGAUUUCACGCCAGCCACUAGGAUCGCUUACGCCAAGUUCAUGAUGAGCAAGAACAAGUUGGACGAACAGGAGAAUGAACCUUCGGAGACAACCGAGCAGAAAACCGAGGCUCCCCGACGAAGUAGCAAAGUUAUGAUCUCGGAGACUGCGACGGACGAGAUGCCACGUCCCAUGAUCGAUACAUUCAAGAAGAGCUUAUUGAAGUCCAUGAGCAGCGGUAGCGUGGACAAGCCGACGGACAAGACACUCGACAUUCGAACUACCGAUAUCAGAUCUCCUUCACCUAUACCUGAGGAUCCUGUAGAAGAAGAAGUCAGCAAGCAGCCUGAAUCAACGUCAGCCGGAACGACCGAUCAAGAAAAGAAAGUCGACGAGACAGAAGCGAGCAAGAGGGAAAGCGCGCAGGAGCAGCCCAAGGAAAGUGGCGGAACGAGUGAAGUGGAGAAAAUAAAAGAGAAAGAGAAGAAAGAAGUAAAACUGAAAGAGGAAGAUAAAAGUGAGCAAUCAGAUAAGAAGGGAAAUAACGACGACAACGGCGAUGAAGGUGAGAUCUCGGGAACGAAGGAGGAAAACGAAGCAGGAAAACGCGCCGAGUCCGACACGAAAGAAAGCGAACCAGUGGCUGCAUCGACUACAAAACUGCGCGGAAAGUCAAAGGCGACCGGUCAGAUAAUGGGAGGAUGGAUUUAGAUUUGAGUAUUCGAUUUAACAUGCCACGUUGGUCACUGAUGGUUCACGCUGAAUUUUCCACUCAAGUCAUUUAAUUUAUCUUUAUCGUUGUAACCACCAAACCAGUCAAAAUGAUGGGGGUUUGUAAUAUCUUAUUACAAAUUAUUAUAUAUUAUUAAUAUUAUCACAAAUUUACAAUAAUUUAUUUUAUAUUUUUAAUUGAUAUUAAAUACAAUGAAGAAGAAUAAAUAAAUGUUUUUCCCUUG